UUAUAUUUCUCGAUUACUCAAAUUUGUUGGUUAUUAUUGGGCAACCUAGUUACGAAAAAAAAAAUGUGGAAUAGUAGUAGUAAGGCGACUACAAGCAAUGCUAAUAAUAAGGAAAAUGAUCUGCCGAUCGAUAUGGUUAAUCGUGCCAUGAAUGCUGUAAAGGAGUCGCAGGCUGCCAUCAAUCAUACAGUACUGAAUCCCUUAAGUGAACCCCAAGAUGAGAUCGUGAAAGACGAGGAGCGGUGUGGCAUCAUUGAACUCCAUUGCAUUGGCAACUCAUUGGCAAUGGAUAUUGAUAGGCAGACUAAGAUCUUUCUAGUUGCUCUCCAAUCGAUAUUCGGGCAACAGCUGCCUGAGAUGCCACCCACUUAUAUAAGCCGACUGCUGUACGAUCCCCAGCACAAGACGAUCGUGUUGUCUAAGAAGGGUCAGGCUAUUGGUGGUAUUUGUUUUCGUUCGUUUCCCACCCAAGGCUUCACAGAGAUUGUGUUCUGUGCGAUCUCCAUGCCGGAGCAGGUGAAGGGCUAUGGCAGCUAUAUGAUGAAUCACUUGAAGGACCACAUCAUGGACAACGGCGUUAUGCAUUUGCUGGCCUAUGCCGACUGCAAUGCGAUUGGCUAUUUCAAGAAGCAGGGCUUCUCGAGCAAUAUACGUCUGGCACGGUCUGUCUACGAGGGCUACAUCAAGGAGUACGAUAGUGCUACUCUAAUGCACUGCGAGCUCCAUUCGGGCAUUGUGCAUACCCACUUCGCAUCGACCAUACGAAUGCAAAAAGAAGUCCUUACGGAGUUGAUUGCACAGCGCCAGAAGGAGGUGGAGAGGGUGCGUACCGGCCUGACGUGCUUCAAGCAUGGUGUCGCCGCCAUACCGAUCGCUUCGAUACCGGGCCUCAAAGAGAUCGGCUGGCAGCCGAAUUUUUCGUCGACUCGGGUCGAAGAACGAUCAAAUGCUGUCCAUCUAAAGAGUAUAUUUGAGGCAGUGCUGCAGGCGAUGCGACGCCAAACCACUGCCUGGCCAUUCCUAUCGCCCGUCGAUCCCAAAGACGUGCCCGAGUAUUAUGUUCAUAUCAAAUAUCCGAUGGACCUGAAGACUAUUGGGGAGCGCCUCGAGCGUGGCUACUAUAAAACGCGUCGCCUCUUCAUGGCCGACAUGGCGCGUAUGUUUUCCAAUUGCCGCACCUUCAACGAGCCCAAUACCGAUUACUAUCGCUGUGCCAACACUCUUGAGCGAUUUUACCUGAACAAGAUGCGUCAAUUCGGACUCCUGGACAAGUGAAACACUUGGCCACGAUCCCUGUUGCUGCUGAUAAGAA